GAUAAAAUGGUAUUGUUUAAGCACUCUGCCAGCUAUCUAAUCAUCUGUUAAGUGACGAAUAAAAAAGUUCACGUAAAAGCUGACACUGGUUUAUUAAGUUAAGUUGCCAAUUUAUCUAAGGUUGCGAUUUAUUCUGGUUGCAAAAUUUGGCAAAUUACAAGUGCCGAAAUUUAGUAAUUAGUUUAUAAUGAGUUAUAAUAAUAAUAAUGCCGAAAAAAGUCGGCAGACUGUUCAAACCUGCUGUAGCGACGAAGAAAACUCAUUCAUGUUGGACGACCACGAAGUAAUCACGGAGGAUGGAUACAUCUUAAAAUUGCAAAGAUUGGUAAAACGCGAGGAAAAGAUUUCUCCCGAAGAUGCGAAGAAACCUGCCGUUCUGCUUGUGCACGGGCUGACUUGUCACGGGGACAAUUGGUGUUUGCCACAUGUCAGUUUGUCUUAUCUUCUGGUUGAGCAAGGAUUCGACUGUUGGAUUCCGACUUUGCGGGGUUCAUCCAUGAAACAUGUGUCGUUGUCGGUGAAGUCGAAGAAGUUUUGGGAUUUCUCGUUUCACGAAAUGGGUGUAUACGACCUGCCCGCAAUUAUUAAUUAUGUUCUGGACUUGACCGGAAAUGCAAACCUAUCCUACGUCGGGCACUCCAUGGGUUUCACGGUUCUCUUUGCCCUGUUAUCCACCAAUCCGGAAUUUUGUUCGAAAGUGAAUGUUUGUGUUGGGUUGGCCCCGGCACAUUAUGGGGAGUAUAUUCGCGGUUUAAUUUUCAAAAUAUCCCUAGGUCUUGGAAGUUGUGUGGGGGCGAGCAGUUACAUUCGGAGACACCCAAUCACCAAUCGCACGACUCAUAAGCAUAUCCGGUAUGUGGUUCCGAAAUCUAAAGAAAUCCGUUUUUUGUCGGGAUGUUGCAUGCAUCCAAGUGGAGAGGUGAAGAGUCAAAAUAGUAGUCAGCACAUGGAGAAAGAAAUAUAUUGGAAAAGGUCGGCAAACAAAACAUCAAUCAAAGUCGUGUGUCACGGCCUUCAAUGCUUUUCGGCCGGCCAGUUACAAAUGUAUGAUUAUGGAAGGUCAACAAAUAGAAAGGUGUAUGGCCAAUCUACUCCCCCGAAGUAUGAGGCUGUCCAUAUUUCUACUCCAGUUGCUACCUUCUCCUCAACCGGGGAUCUCUCGUGCACACCUCAGGAUGUCGCACGACUCUCUGGAGAACUGCCGAACCUUAUAAGCCACAUUGUUAUUCAAGAUAAGAGCUUUUCACAUUCUGACUUUGUGUUCGGAGAAAAUGCACGUGUUCAAGUGUUUCAGGACGUGAUUCUAAUUUUGUUAAAGUAUAACAAAAAUAUUAAAUAAAUCAGUUUUAUAUGAGUACCUGAUUUACAACUGGUUUUGAUGAUUAUUUCUGUGGUAUUCAUAUUUACUUUUUUAAAUAUUGUAUGAAUUUUAAUCCUUCCCGUGGUUCCAUAAUAUAAUUGAAGUCAAAGGAAAAAUAAUUUUUGCACGAUUUUUGCAUUAAUCCAGUUCGUCUCAUUUUGUUCAACUUCUCAUUUUGUAAUAAGUAGAUAAUCUAACCCUAAUUGCCUAUAUUUGGCAUUUUCGUUCGCAACUCGCACCAGCCAAUAGGCAUGCCCUCAUUCGUUGCCGACUGCUCGUAUCCCCAACCCAAUGAAGCAGGAAUGAUAAGAUAAGCAUAUCAUACACCAUUCAGUUGGUAGUUAUCUAAUUUUUUGGGACAUCCUACCUUUGCUAAGAGCAUAUUCUGAAACUGACAAUGUAUAUUUUUCUAUUUACGUCGAGAGGGAUGGUAAUGAGUCAGAAUCACGAGAGUCAUUGCAAUAACUUUAUCACUGUCAUAUCUUUCCUCCUUCAUAAUACAUACUGCAAUAAAAUAGUCGUAAUUCUGUAACGAAUAAAGUUUCUUGUUUCUACAUUCCUCCUAAUCUUUCUUACUUUUAAUCACUCAAGACCCAAUCAGUACUUCUUUCCAGAGUUGUUUUUGGUGUUGGUCGUCCCACGGGUGCACAAUUAUUCAUUUCGGGCCUAAAUAAGUGAGAUUUUUUAACUGCCUGUGACAGUACAAAAUUUCGAGUUCUACAAUGACUACAACAGUACUUGAAGAAGCAUACUGGCUGAAACUGCGUUACCUGGUCGACGGAUGUGUCAAAUUUGUCCAGGGAAUUAUGUCCGAUAAAAAGAAGUGACCUACAUGUGAGCUCUGGCGAGAACGCCUUUAUGCUCUUGCGACUGAUCUCCCUCAUGAAGCCGGAUGAAAUAGCGGUAGAUUUUUUGCUCACCAAGAUGAGUAACUUAUUUGAGAUAUCUCUUGAUGAUAUUGAAGAUGGUCUGCGUUUGCUCAAGACGCAUUCCUUGAUCAUCUCAAGUAACCGUGUUUUAACGAUACAUCGGUUAGUGCAGGAUGUUACUCGGUAUCUCAUGAAGAGCAAGUCUGAAUAUGAACAACAUAUUCGACGGAUACUGACUAAUCUCGUGAUCAAGGGCUGGUCCAGAAGUGAAAUUGGUCAUGCGGUGCAAAUAUGGAAACAUGCAGCUAAUAUGGACUCCGUGGUACGUGAUCACUCCGCAUUUCCUGUCAAGCUUGUUGGUCGUCUAUUGAAGCUUUCACUUUUUAACGAAGCUUACGAAUUCGCUCUGCUCAAUGUUAAUAUUUUAAAACAUAGUUUGGGAGAGAACAAUCGAGACACAUUGAGGAUGGAAAGGGAACUUGCUACUUCAAUUGGAUGGAUGGACAGAACGGAAGAAGAAACGAAGAUUUUGGAGAAACUACUCGAAAAGAGCACGACUGUAUUUGGCAUCGAUGAUGAAGACACUCUCCGUAUCGCACACCAACUCGCAAUUUCUAUUCCGGAUGAUUUGGAUGCAAUACAGCGCAACAAAAAUAUUCUUGAAAGUAGGCAGCGAAAAUAUCCAGAAGAUCUAAAAAGCAUAUACAUUUCCAAGCACAAUUUAGGGCUAAGGAACAUCUUUGCAAGAAAUUUAGAGCAGGCAAUGGAAAUAUUGACGGAAGUAUACGGAUGGCGAUGUUCAAGAUAUGGGUCAAGCUAUUCGGAAACACUCCGAACCAAGCAUGCCGUCGGACUAUGUUUGUACUAUGAAAAUGAUUAUGCUAAUGCAAAAGAAAUAUUUGAGGAUGUCCUACAAUCAAGGAAUCAGGUGUUGGGUGAGGAGCAUUUCGACACUAUUCGGACAAGACGCGGCUUGGCAUUUGUUCUGCGGGAAAUGGGAUUUCAUGAAGAUGCGAAGAAUCAUUUGGAGAUCGUGUUUAAUAAAUUAAAAAUCAGCUUGGGGGAUGAUCAUCCCAGAACGUUGGCUGCAUACGACGAACUACAAGAUGCCCAGGGGUGGUCAUAAAUUCUAUUUUUUCUGCUAAUUAUUUAAUUCGAGUUGUAAAAUAUUUGUAAUAUAAUUUAAAUUUCCCCUCCAGAAUGGUUUGUGUUAGUCGUGCGAGAAAUUAAUAUUUUGUGCAUGCUUUUGUUUAUCGUUUUUUGUGAAUUAGACUCAUCACCUUAAAUUACCUAUAAAUUACCCUAAAAAUUCGAGUUUGUAGCCAGUAAGUAAUUUAUAUAGUCUGCAAAAUACUUGGAAGAGAAUUGGGUCAAUAUGGAGGCUUGGCCGACUGUAAGACCAAAUUAAUAAAAUAGUAGAUAUAUACGUUAUUUUAGGAAUUAAUGAGUUUUGGACGGGUAUCAUGGAUGACAUUAUUGAAAUAAUUUAUUCAUCCAAACUUUCGAAAGCGAAAUGGUAUCUUAAUGAGGGAGCGAUAUAAAAAAUUAACAAAUAAAUAAAAAAAUAAGGUUUAUUUAUUUUAGGAAUGUGUUUACAGUAGAAAUACAUAAAUUGUUGAGGCACACUUAGAAUGUCGUUGCCAAUAUGUAUUAAAGUUAUAAUGUAGGUAAAUAUGUUAAUAAAUCGUGAAAAAAGUACAA